AUGCGAGCACACAACUUGAUUCCAGAUGAAUUCACUUAUGGAAUAGUUUUUGAGGGUUUAUGCAACAACAAUCAAGUGGAAGAAGCACUCUCUUUGUUCCGUGUGAUGGGUGACAACAAGCUAAAUUCAAAUAUUAUUGUGUACAGUAUACUCAUUGAUGGUUCAAGUAAAAUUGGGAAGUUUGAUAUUGCAAGGAACCUUUUCAGUGACCUAACUGUUAAAGGUUUGCAACCGAAUGUUUGGACAUACAAUGUGAUGAUAAGUGGUUUUUGUCGGGAAGGUUUAGUGAGUGAAGCAAAAGAGUUGUUUUUUAAGAUGGAAAAGAUAGGUUGCUCACCAGAUGAUGUGACUUACCGCGUUCUUCUUCAAGGAAUUUUAAAGUAUGUUCAUCAUGAUAUGGUAGAGAUGAUUUUAUUGGAAAUGGAAGGGAAAGGCUUUUCACUUGAUGCUUCAACUGUAUCAAUGUUACUUGAUCAUAUAAAAGCUAGAUCUUUAGAUGCUUCUUUGCUUAAGCUCAUUGGUAAGCUUGUGCCAAAGGAAGAAGUGGACACUCCUUGUUUUACAGUGUAA